UCCUUUAGGUUCUGAGUAUUAUGGUGUGAAAGAAGAAAAAACGGCACAGAGCAGCUCCAAAUCCAGGAAAAUUGGUAAACAUAAACUAGGAGCCGAUGAUUGCCAGCGCUCCAGGCUGGUUCCCGACUUUGGCUACGGGUCGGGGCAGCUGUGAUGUCUCGCUUGGGACUGGCCCUGGAGGCUCCUGGCAAGGAACCUGAGCCCCCUCGCGGCCGAACUGCCCGCAGAGGCCACAGGUCCCUUUAAGGCAUCCUGCGGGCAGGGACCCGGGAGCUAAGGGGGCGGGAGGAGGGUUCUCAAGCGCACGCCACGUGACUCUAUUGCCAAGUUCGUUCGCGAGUUUGACAGAAGUUUGAAUUGGACUCGGGGGUUUUCUGCAGCCGGCGGGGUAGAGCGGCGGCCGCGGCCUCGGCGAGCGUGAGCAGCAGCGCCCCCGCGACCCACCCAGCCAGACUGGAUCCCGGGCCGCCGACGGCCGCUCGCGCUUCGGUACAGCUCGCUUCCCCCGCCGCGGGUCAGCAGCCCCGAGCCCCACCGCGGUCCCCGCGGACCGCGCGCGCGCCCCAGCCCCGCCGCGCCAGCAUGUCCUCGACGGAGAGCUCCAGUCGCACGGCGGACAAGUCGCCGCGCCAGCAGGUGGACCGCCUGCUCGUGGGGCUGCGCUGGAGGCGGCUGGAGGAGCCGCUGGGCUUCAUCAAAGUUCUCCAGUGGCUCUUUGCUAUUUUCGCCUUCGGGUCCUGCGGCUCCUACAGUGGGGAAACAGGAGCAACGGUUCACUGCAACAACGAAGCCAAGGACGUGAGCACCAUCCUUGUUUCGUUCGGCUAUCCCUUCAGGUUGAACCGGGUCCAGUAUGAGAUGCCCCUCUGCGACGAUGAAUCCACCUCCAAGACCAUGCAUCUCAUGGGGGACUUCUCUGCCCCCGCCGAGUUCUUCGUGACCCUGGGCAUCUUUUCCUUCUUCUACACCAUAGCUGCACUCGUCCUCUACCUGCGUUUCCACAACAUCUACACGGAGAACAGGCGCUUCCCCCUGGUGGACUUCUGUGUGACUGUCUCCUUCACCUUUUUCUGGCUGGUAGCUGCAGCUGCCUGGGGCAAGGGCCUGACUGACGUCAAGGGGGCCACACGACCAUCCAGCCUGACAGCAGCCAUGUCUGUGUGCCAUGGAGAGGAGGCGGUGUGCAGUGCCGGGGCCACGCCCUCCAUGGGACUGGCCAACAUCUCCGUGCUCUUUGGCUUUAUCAGCUUCUUCCUGUGGGCCGGGAACUGUUGGUUUGUGUUCAAGGAGACCCCGUGGCACGGGCAGGGCCAGGACCAGGGCCAGGGCGCCGGCCAGGAGAGCGCAGCUGAGCAGGGAGCGGUGGAGAAGCAGUAAGCGGCCCCCACCCGGCUACUCCCGAACAGGACAGCGCCUCUUCAACCGCCUCUGGCUUCCAGGACCUCCCUCCUCUUCCUCCCCCAACUCCCCUCCCCCAUUAUUCUGGGCUCUGAACUUUGAGACGUCUUCACUGGAUGGGCAGGCAUCAGCUGUCGGAAACCUGGGCAGCCCUCCCAGUGGCUUCCUAUCCCUCCUCUUGCUGGAGCCCCAGAUGGCAGGAGCUCAGUGCUUCUUAUCUACUGCCUGGACCCAGGCAUCUUACUUGGGGUCUUACGUGUACCCUCACAGCCUUUGAGAACCAGCCUCUGCUACAGGCAAAGGUUGGGGUCAGGAGACCUGAGACUGGUUCCUAGCUGCCACUUCUAUCAGUCUGUCCAGCGUCAAUAAAAGUGGGGGGAGGGAAAAUUGGCUGGCAGCCUUCUCCCUGCCCCCUUGCAUGGAGGGCCCACCAGUGGUUUAGUGACCCCUCUUCAAUGGCUGUCACCAAGGCCCCGUGUCUGCGCUGACCUCCAAUCCGCCUGAGCUCAGUAUGCUCCCCACCCUCUCCUCUGGCCUCUGUUUGCCCACAGAGCCCAUCACGUGGGAACCCAGGAGGCGGACUAGCCUAGAAAACAGCCUUUCAGAGGGUCCCAAGUAGGCUGAGACUUGGUGGGGAGCAGAAAAAUUGCAACUGAGUUGCAACUUAAAGAAACAGAAGCCAGAAAACUUGCUGGGGAAUCAGUUUUUUUUUUAAUUCCCUUAGUCCUUCCACCCCUCCAGGCUGGGGCACUUCCACCAACACUCUAAACUCAUACUUGCCCUAGAAACUCCUUACCUUCCUCCCUGUCCUCCUACUUGGGCUUGGUCUCACACUUGGGACACAAGAUGAGGGGUCUAGGAGCAUCUCCAUUUCAGCCCUCCCCGCCUCCCACCUCUCUGUUCCUCUCCCUUCCCCAGCCUCUUGGGUCUGAGGCAUUCAAGAUCCUUUUCAAAGUCUGUCCAGGCCUUCCUUUCAUUCCUGUAGGGCCAGAUAGGGGCUCUGAAAGGGUAAUAAAGGACCAUCAUGAGUCUAAGUUGCCCCAGAGCCCCAGGACAUGGAUGGAUGGGCCCAUUUCUUCCUCACUCUCUGCUCGUUUUUUUCCCGCCCUGCUCCUUCUCUGGCCCGUUUCAUACUUCCCCUUCUCACCUUUACGAAAGAACAUGCCCUCUCCCUUUGCCCGCCAUUCCUCCCCUGCUUCCGCAUCUGUUCCAAGCUCUGUCCCCCCUACACACCCACCCCAGUCCAGGGCAGGCUGAUGCUCUUGGUGCUUCUUCACUUCGGGACCCAGUUCCAUAUUUGUCUUUGGUGUGUCUCCCCUUCCUGACACCUCCUCAGUCCCUCUGCGGACCCCAGGGCCCAAGAGUCAGUGCUGACUGGAUAAGGGCCAUCUGUCUCCCAUCCAGCUCAAAACAUUUCAGUCUGCCCUGGCCAUAGGGCUGCCCAGGGAAGAAGGAAGAAGGCAGAAUCCAGCCAUUUUCCAAUCCAGUGCCAAUUAGCCCAGAUGUCAUCCCAAAGGUAAAUGUGCCCCGUGCCAGUCUCUCCUCAGGACUGAGUCAACCCCUCCAACCUCCUCACCUUCCUCAGCACCCUCCAUUGUAAUGUGUGCAUUACUGGGGUACCUAGGCGGCAGGACCUUUGACUUCGGGCCAAUCAUUUCUUCUUUGGGUCCGUUUCCCCACUUGACAGGGGAGUGUGAGGUUUACAUCUUCAAAUGCUCCAGAGUCCUUCAGUGAAAAAUUAGGUGUUUUGUUUUGUUUUUUAGAUUUGGGGGAAGGCAUUUGAGGAGGGAAGGUAGAAGAUGGGGAUAAGGGUGUUUCUAAGUCUGAACCUCUCUGUCCUGAGCUGUCCCCAUGAUUACUCAAGGACAAGGGGAGACAGUUUUGCCUACAGCUCUAGAGACACAGAGAACAAAGGGAUGACCUUCAGUUUUCUUCAAGCUGGCCCCUGUGAGGGUCUGUGAGCAGCUUCUACUGGAACUCUGUUUGGAUUCUGUGUACGUAUUUGUAAUUUAUCUGAAAUGUGAUGGAUAAAGUGUUCUCAUUUGGGGGCCUAAGUUACUAAUUGGCCCUUCAGCUAGGGAAAGGGGGUGGGUGGGUAUGCACUCCUGCCAAGGACUCCUAGCCCAGAACUCUCCCUAGAGCAGAGAAGGCUCUUUCUCCUCUUCAAGAGGCUGGCUUGUUCUCAGCCUGAAGAGCCUUGAUUUAGGCUAUGGCCUCUCUCUCCAUAGCCACCCUAAGAGGAAAGGCUACUUCACCUCAUUACCUUCAGAGGGCUGGGCUGGGUCAAAUGCUGAGUGCGCGGCUGUCCUCAUAGGACUCAUGUCCCCUCCAACUAGGGCUGGCAUCGCCACUUUGCCUAGUGGGUCCUGAGGUAGAAGGUGCUGGUUUCUCCAGUUGCCACAGGAGGCCAACAGGCAGGGCACUUGCCCUUUGCCCUAGUAAACUCUGACCCUGCCAGGGUGCCCACCUAGGACCUUUCCUGAACAUGAGUUCCCUCCACUAUCAUGGUCAUAGGUAUCCUUCUUCUGGGAUUGAAGAUCAGUGGUGGGGGGAGAAUGUUGCAUGUUGUUUUCUGGUGCUUGUUAUUAUACAUUUGAAUAAACAGUGCUUCAAGCAUUUGCCA